GCGGCGGGGGCCAGCAUGGGAGUCGUGGGCGCGUUCCUGCGACCAGUGGCCUGGAAGCUGAACCAGAGGCGUGACAUCUCCUCCUGGCUGGCCAAAUGGUUCCCCAAAACCCCAGCCAAGUCUGUGGUGGCCCUAAAAACACCCAUCAAAGUGGAACUGGUGGCAGGGAAAACCUACAGGUGGUGUGUGUGUGGCCGCAGCAAAAAGCAGCCCUUCUGUGAUGGCUCCCACUUCUUCCAACACACUGGCCUCUCCCCACUCAAGUUCAAAGCCCAGGAGACCCGAACAGUGGCCCUAUGUACCUGCAAGGCCACUCAGAAGCCUCCAUACUGUGAUGGCACCCACAGGAGUGAGAGAGUGCAGAAGGCAGAAGUGGGCUCCCCACUCUGAGCGGGUGGCUGCUGCCCAGCCACAAGCCUCUGACAGGCACCCUCUUGGUGGGGAAGGAAAGUGAAUGCCAAGCCCAAGAAAGGAUCGUCCCGGGACCCCAGUACCCACAACUGGCUUGUAAAGGACUUGUUCCCCAUAACCGGAGGUCUCCAAUCUGGGGCAGCCAGGAACAGGUCCCUGGUUUAACACCUGCUGGUGAAGAAGAUGGCAUUAAACAAGCUUGUGU